CAUCUAUAAAAGAAGAUUAGACCUCAAGAGAAAACAACCACAUAAAAUAUAGGAAAGUUGAGAGAUGGUAGAUGUAAAGUUGCUUGGUCUAUGGUAUAGCCCUGCUAGUCACAAAGUCGAGUGGGCUCUCAAAUUAAAAGGAGUGAAGUAUGAAUUUAUAGAAGAAAAUCUACAAAACAAGAGCCCUCUACUUCUUGAAUCCAAUCCUGUUCACAAAAAGAUCCCUGUUCUCAUUCACAAUGGCAAGCCCAUUUGUGAGUCUAUGAUCAUCCUUGAAUACAUCGACGAGACAUUUGAAGGCCCUUCCAUCUUACCUAAAGACCCUUAUGAACGAGCUUUAGCUCGUUUUUGGGCUAAGUUCCUUAAUGAUAAGGUGGGAGCAGCUGUGAAUACUUUUCUCCACAAAGGAGAGGAGCAAGAGAAAGGUAAAGAGGAAGUUUUUGAGAUGUUGAAAAUUCUUGAUAAUGAGUUAAAGGAUAAAAAGUUCUUUGUGGGUGACAAAUUUGGUUAUGCUGAUAUUGCUGCAAAUUUUGUGGGAUAUUGGCUAGGAGUUUUUCAAGAAGCCUCUGGAGUUGAAUUAGUAACAAGUGAAAAUUUUCCAAAUUUUUGUGCUUGGAGAGAUGAGUAUGUUAAUUGCAGUCAAGUCAAGGAAUAUCUGCCUCCAAGAAAUGAUUUGCUUGCUUUUAUCCAAGCUUAUGCUCAAGCUUCUGCUUCUAAAACAUAAACACGUCCUCAUUCAUCUUAUGAAGCUUCGAAUUAUGUAACGGAAUAAAUUUAUAAGCAUAUGUGUCACUUUUAUAAUGAAUGGUAUAUCACUUAAGUAUCUUAUUGUUCUC